CAUUUAUGAUUUAUUUUGAUUAUUUCAUCCCUCGUCUUCUUCCUCCUCAUCAAAUAUAUAGGGAAGCUUCUCGUUAGUCAUCAGAUGCUGGCUCUCUGCUACAAAUUCCCAGUAUCAUAUGAUACAACGUGAAGAAAGUACCACCUUUUGUGAUUCAAGCGAGAUAGAGGGCGAGAUGCUGGAAGGAAAAGCUAUGGUGAAGGAAACAGACAUGCCAGUGAAGAUGCAGUUCCAAGCCAUGGCAUGUGCUUCUCAAGCCCUUGAUGUCUAUGAUGUUUCUGAUUGUAUCUCAAUUGCCGCCCACAUCAAGAAGGAAUUUGAUAAGAUGUAUGGUGGUGGAUGGCAAUGCGUGGUGGGUUCAAAUUUUGGUUGUUUCUUUACUCACACACAAGGGACUUUCAUCUAUUUUGCCAUGGGGUCCCUCAAUUUCCUUGUUUUCAAGGGAGCUUCUUCUUAAGCCUACCAUCUUGAACAUGUGAUGAUACUGGUUUCUUUUGCUGAUGGUAUGUACUUGUGUAUACGAAGUUGUACGUAACUCUUUGUGUUUAAAUGGUAUAUGUAGACUCGUACUUUUAACUUCUUGUUAGCUUUUCUCUGCAAUCAAUGGAGGAUCAACUACUUCAUGGAAGCAUUGAUGAUCAUCUGCAAAGAGUUGCAUGGCUGUAUCUUCUUAUUUUGUAUUUGGUUGCCUUUGCUUCCUGGAAAUAUUAAAGGGUUUUGAAAGUUAAGUAGCUGUCAUUACCAAGAAGUUUCAAUUUGCAGCAACUGAAGCGGAGCUUCCUUGAUCUUCUCGAACCUUAAUUAAACCCUGCAAGACAAGGUUUGCAGGUUCAAUGGCUGACUCGGCAGAACGAGGCUAGUUAGGAAUGUUGAUCAGAUGCUUGAUGUAAAUAUAUAAAAAGACUGAGGUUCUUAGGGGCGAGAUGCAGAGCACCACAUAGACCUUCUGGACAAGAAUACCAAAAGACUUCAAUAGUGCAAACUGCAUUAUUAUUAAAACUCAUUUUAGUUAA